AUGGAGCAUAGUGAAGAACAAAGUAAUAUCAGACCAUGUUCACCUCAAAGCACUAGUGAAACAAGUGACAGAUCUGUUGACCCAAAUGGAAUGUUUCCAUUGAUGUGCUCUCAAGGUGAUAAAGAAAAGGUUAUAUUCAUAACUUUUUGUGUAAUGUUGCAUAUUGAAAAUACUAUUCGUUGCAAACUCAGAUAUCAUUUUCAGGUAAAAAGAGGAAGAUUGGAGAAGUUGCGGAAAAAGUCUGAAGAAUACGAAAGUCCUGAAGAAACCGAGAAAAAGUCGGGUAUUAUAUAUUUCCAAUCAUUGCCUCCUCUGUUUACGGUGUCGAAAAUGCGAGAUGAAAUGUCGAAACUUGGUGAAGUCGGAAGGAUUUAUUUGCAGGCGGAGAAGCGGCGUAAUUCGAUGGGGAAAGUUCGAAAACGUUUCGUAGAAGGUUGGGUGGAAUUCAAGGAUAAACGUUUAGCGAAACGUAUCGCUGCAUCGUUGAACGCUACACCUGUUGGUGGGAAACGUAGAAGUGCAUCCAGGGAAACUCUAUGGACGAUGAAAUAUCUUAGCGGGUUCAAAUGGACACAUUUAAAAGAGCAGGUUGCCUAUGAGCAGAAAGUAGAACAGCAACGAAUGCGAGCUGAAAUAUCUCAGGUGAAACGACAAGCUAAUUUCUUUGCGGAACAGGUUGAGAAAGGGAAACAAUUGAAGAAACUGGAAGAAAAGGUGUUGAAAAAAGGUGGUGAAUGGGACAAAUUCCAACGACAAGUGCAACAACGAUCGGUUGUUAAGAAGAGGAAAGCAAAAGAAACGGAGUCACCAUCAAGCGAGGAUUUAAUGAAAAUGAUCUUUACUGAUGCUGAUUAA